AUGUAGUUCUCGAAUUACCAUUUCAUUGUUGCAGUGCAGAGUCAGAAGAAAGUUGGGGUUUCUUUUUUUUUUGUUGAUCCAUUUAUUCUACUGCGUACAGAAUGAGGGAGAUUGUUCAUUUACAAGCAGGACAGUGCGGCAACCAAAUUGGUGCCAAGUUCUGGGAAGUGAUAAGUGAUGAGCAUGGAAUUGACCCUACAGGAAGUUACCAUGGAGACAGUGAUCUUCAGCUGGACAGGAUUAAUGUAUACUACAAUGAAGCUACAGGUGGCAAGUAUGUCCCCCGUGCGGUGCUGGUUGAUUUGGAGCCGGGUACCAUGGACUCUGUGAGGUCCGGUCCUUUUGGGCAAAUUUUCAGGCCUGACAACUUUGUUUUUGGCCAGAGUGGUGCUGGUAAUAAUUGGGCCAAGGGCCACUACACAGAAGGUGCUGAGCUGGUGGACUCUGUCUUGGAUGUGGUGCGUAAGGAGGCUGAGAGCUGUGAUUGCCUGCAGGGUUUCCAACUCACUCACUCGCUGGGUGGUGGUACUGGGUCAGGUAUGGGCACCCUGCUCAUCAGCAAAAUUCGUGAGGAGUACCCUGACCGCAUUAUGAACACUUUCAGCGUUGUCCCCUCACCCAAAGUCUCUGAUACAGUGGUGGAGCCUUACAAUGCUACACUGUCUGUCCACCAGCUUGUGGAGAACACAGACGAAACGUACUGCAUUGACAACGAAGCCCUGUAUGACAUCUGUUUCCGCACCCUUAAGCUCACAACACCAACAUACGGUGACCUCAACCACUUGGUCUCUGCCACCAUGAGUGGCGUCACAACAUGCCUGAGAUUCCCUGGGCAGCUCAAUGCUGACCUGCGCAAACUGGCUGUCAACAUGGUUCCCUUCCCUCGUCUGCACUUCUUUAUGCCUGGUUUUGCGCCACUGACAAGCAGGGGUAGUCAGCAAUACCGUGCUCUCUCUGUACCUGAAUUAACACAGCAGAUGUUUGAUGCCAAGAACAUGAUGGCUGCUUGCGACCCACGCCAUGGCCGUUACCUCACGGUGGCUGCUGUUUUCCGUGGCCGAAUGUCCAUGAAGGAGGUGGAUGAGCAGAUGCUCAACGUGCAGAACAAGAACAGCAGCUACUUUGUUGAAUGGAUCCCCAACAACGUGAAGACCGCAGUGUGUGACAUCCCACCCCGUGGUCUGAAGAUGGCUGCUACCUUCAUUGGGAACAGCACUGCUAUCCAGGAGCUGUUCAAGCGCAUCUCUGAGCAGUUCACAGCCAUGUUCAGGCGCAAAGCUUUCCUGCACUGGUAUACUGGUGAGGGUAUGGAUGAGAUGGAGUUCACAGAGGCUGAAAGCAACAUGAAUGACCUGGUGUCAGAGUACCAGCAGUAUCAAGAUGCAACUGCUGAAGAUGAAGGAGAGUUUGAGGAGGAGGGAGAAGAGGAGCUGGCUUAAAUAUAUAUAUGUAUAUUUUGUCAGUCAUUGUUUCAAUGUUUUUGUUUUUUUUUUCCCACUUUUUGUCCCUUAAUUCUGUCUGUUUACUACCAAUAAAAAUGUGCAAUUAA